CAGCAACCCGGAAGUUCUGCCUCCCACUGAUAAGGCAGAGAGAAAUUUUAGUAGAAACCGAAAGCUAGCCUGCUAGCUAGCCAACUAUACACUUGGAAAAAAACGCUAUGAUUGAUAUUCGUUUCAUGUUUGGAUUAUCUUGCCCAAAAAUAGUCUAAUGCGUAGAACGCACCACAGCGGACCACCACGCUGUGUGAAAACACGGCUCAAUUUGCUAUUCCGCAGGAAUAAUUAAUAUCUUAAUUAUUAUAGCGAAAAUAUGGCAGAGGUGCGUAUUGUGGAGCCGAGUGGUACUGGUACCAUAGAGCAGACCGAACACCGCGGCUCAGUUCGGCUCGCCUCGCCCACACUCAUGAUCCCACCUAGAAGCGGGUUGUCCAGCCCCGGAGUAUCGGCUAGAUCAGUGCUCGGAUUCCCCAUGAAAAGCAACCCUAGUUCCCCGUCCGAUCAACCGGAGAAGCCAGGUUCGCGGUGGGUAAGGCUCAACGUUGGUGGCACCUACUUUGUCACCACCAAACAGACACUGUGCAGGGAUCCGAAAUCGUUCCUGUACCGCUUAUGCCAGGAAGAUCCAGAUCUGGACUCGGACAAGGACGACACGGGAGCUUACUUGAUUGACAGAGACCCCACGUACUUCGGUCCCAUCCUUAACUACCUCCGGCACGGCAAGCUGAUCAUCAACAAGGAUUUGGCGGAGGAAGGAGUCCUGGAGGAGGCAGAGUUUUACAACAUCGCCUCCCUGGUACGGCUGGUGAAGGAGAGGAUACGGGACAACGAGAACCGGACGUCCCAGGGUCCAGUAAAGCAUGUGUACCGGGUGCUACAAUGCCAGGAGGAAGAGCUCACCCAGAUGGUCUCCACUAUGUCGGACGGCUGGAAGUUUGAACAGCUGAUCAGCAUCGGUUCCUCCUAUAACUAUGGCAACGAAGACCAGGCCGAGUUCCUCUGCGUGGUCUCCAGGGAGCUCAACAACUCCACCAAUGGCAUCGUCAUCGAGCCCACCGAGAAGGCCAAGAUCCUCCAGGAGCGAGGGUCACGGAUGUGAGGACAGCGUCUGGAGAAACCUGGACUUCUUGCCGCACAUUUUCCAGCCCUUUUUUCCGCUUUUCCGGAACCUUCUCUGCUCCUCCACUGUUCCCGCUUCUCUCUAAGACACGGUCCCA